AUGUGUCUUGUGAUGAUCGCGCUAUUUAUCCGUGAGCCGGAACGAGGUGCAGCGGAACGGAGAAAAGGUGAAAUUGUAGCAGAGAUGGUAAAUACCAGCUAUUGCGAUGAUAUAAAAGCUUUGCUGUCAAACCUAACUUAUGUUUUCUCCACAAUUGCCUACACGGCAAUCGUUUUCGUUGUGGGAACAUUAACAUGGUGGGGCCCCACUGCAUGUGAGCAUAGUGAGGCACACAUAGCGGGCUUGAAUAGCACUGAUUUAUUGGGACCAGAAGAGAAGGCUAAAAUCAAUCUAACCUUUGGCAUAAUCACUUGCAUCGGAGGAAUCGUCGGAGUCAGCCUCGGUUCAGGACUUUCUAUGUUACUUCGAACCGGCUGGGGACCAUUCAAAUGCGUCAAAACGAUUAGAUCGGAUCCCAUAAUUUGCGGAUUUGGUGCACUGAUAGGAAUUCCAGCCUUAUACUUUGCAAUUCAAUCUAUAGAAACAAACAUGACAGUGUGUUAUGCUCUCAUUUUCGUAACCGUAACGACCUUAUGCUUCAAUUGGGCUACCAAUGUUGAUAUGAUAAUGGCCGUGGUAGCGCCGACGCGAAGAAGUGCGGCCAACUCAUGGCAAAUACUGCUCUCACAUUUGCUUGGAGAUGCAUCGGGUCCUUAUGUCAUAGGAUUGAUCUCGGACGCCAUACGAGGAGAAGACUCUACUCCAUAUGGUCGCUUCAAAUCACUAGCUAAAUCCUUCUAUCUUCCAAAUGUUUUACAGCUCGUUAGCGCCGUAGUCUUCUUUGUGGCCGCGUACACUUACGUCAGAGAUCAUAAUAGAUUCAAAGAAAGCAUGGGUAAAGCAUUCAUAGGUAUUGGUUUUGCUAUAGAAAACAACAAUGAAGUUCGUACAGGUGUUCUCAAGCCCAUAUAUACGAAGUCCUUGCAAGGCGACGUAACUGCCGCAGCUGGCAAAGUUAAUCAAGGAUUUUCAGCUAUCGAAAGAGAGGAAAGAAAAGUGGUGGAAAACUGGAGCUGUUGA